AUGGCGGAGCCACGCUGGAUCACUUUGCAUGAGCAAGGAGCUCCGGAUAUCAUACUUCAACCGUUGCAAGCAAGGUAUCCUAACCUUGAUCCAAACUUUGAAUUGAAGAGUAGCUUGAUAAAUCUACUACCUAAGUAUCAUGGGAUGCCGAGUCAAGACCCCAUCCGACAUCUAAAGGAUUUUCAAGUUGCUUGUUCUACGGCUCAAAGACAUGGAGCCAAUGAGGUGGCUAUCAUGGUUUUUGCCUUCCCUUUCUCUCUUGAAGCGCAAGCAAAGACAUGGUUUUAUUUGCUACCGGAUGAGAUUGCAACCAAUUGGGAUUUCUUGAGAAGAGAGUUUCUAGAUAAAUUCCUUCCAUCGGAGAAGACCGACUACAUCUGGAAGAAGAUUUCAGGUAUAAUGCAAAGAGACCAAGAGAGUUUGUACGAGUAUUGGUCUCGGUUCAAGAUGCUAUUGAAAUCUUGUCCAAACCAUGGAAUGAACACUCACUUGCUCAUUAGCUACUUCACCGGAGGUCUUUGUGUGGAAGAUAGAAGAUUACUCACCACUUCUAGCGGUGGUUUCCUUUUGAAAAACAAGACGGAAGGAGAAGUUUGGAAUUUGAUAAAGGAUGUUGCCAAAGCUACACAACAUACAAGGGUGAGAAGUAAUCCUCUCAAGGGUGUGGUAGAACUGUCCCCUUCCGAAUCAAGCCUAACCAUAGCACUUGGGGAUAUGACCACCAUCUUCACGCAAAUACAAAAAGAUCAAAAGGAAUUCUACUCCAUCCAAGCCAUCCAAGCUCCACUUCCAGUUGCUCAACUUGAAGGCCCUCCUAGGAUUUGUGGUUUGUACUCUAGCACUACACAUUACACCGAUCAAUGCCAUCAAAUUCAAGAGGAACAUGCCCUUGUAGUGGCCAAUGUGAAUUACAACAACCAUCUACCCUAUCCUUCUCAAGGCCAAAACAACUAUCCUCAUGAUGGCCACCAAGAAAGGCAAGGAGAAAGCUUCAAGGAAACCAGCCACAAAGAGGGCACCCCAAAGUCACGCUCUAAGGCGCACUCCUCAUUAGGAGCCAAACCUCUAUCUAAGAAGGUGAAGGCACCCGCUCCUAUUGAUGACAAUGAGAAGAGCAAACGGGCAAAGGAUUCUUCAAGAUUCACCAACCGCUUCUGUGAACUUGUGUUUCCCGCCAUGGUUGAGAGGAACUAUCAUGCUGAGCAUCUACUCACUCCGCUGGACAAAGUUGCUCCUUGUGUUCCUUGGGAAGCCAUGGACACGAAAGCUAUAAUUCCGGCUAAGGGCGAUGUGGUCACAAGCGGAAAUUACUUACAUCUUCCCAUGAACAAACCAAGCCUUGACGUAGCCCUACCAUCUAUUAUUCCUCCCACCUUAUCAUCACCACCGCAGUAA